CAAACUGAAUAUACGCAUAUUUCAUAUCAUUAGGUUUUAUUUUGAAUAAUUGCUUUAAAUAUAUCUUUGGUGAAUUUUUCAAUUCGGCUUUUGCUUUUAUAUAAAUUUCUAUUGAAUUUAGUCUAAUGAUAAUAUAAUGUUGAAACCAAAAGCUCUCACACAAGUUCUCAAUCAAGCUAAUACUGGUGGUGUUGAACAUACACUUUUAUUGAAUCACGAGGGUGCUCUUCUCGCAUAUUCUGGAUAUGGUGAUAAAGAUGCUCGUGUCACAUCAGCAAUAGCAAGUAAUAUUUGGACUGCCUAUCAAAAACAUGGGAAAAAUGCAUUCCGAGACAGUAGAUUAAAAAUUGUUUUGUUACAAUGUGAAUCUGGAAAUGUUGUCAUUACACAAGUGGUUAACUUACUACUUUGCCUAUAUGCAAAAAACACACUUGAAAUGAGCUUUGGGAUGGGGUUACUCAAAGCUAAAGCUACUGCGUUGGCCAACUAUUUGGAAGGGCCAAUAAAAGAGAUUGCCUCGUCAUCAUCUUAAAACUCAUGAUUCCACGACGGAUUUUUUUUUCUUUUAUUGGUGGCCGCUAUGGUUAUAUUCGUUCAAAAAUACUAUGUAUUUUCCAAAAAAAAAAAUUGAUUUAAUAAAUUUAAUGUAUGACAUUCUAGAAAACAUCAGUAAA